AGGCACUGCACAGUGAUGAACAAGCUGAAUGCAUACACGAAGGCAGAACACAUCUUACUCAGCUCUGUGCAUUUUCAUGGUGAUUAUCACAUUCUGCAAACCCAAUGGGUAAUGUUCCUUAUGCAGUAAAGCAAUGUAUCAGCUACCAGCAUCUACUAAAAGAUCAGUUUUGGAAUGCAGAGACUGUCCUCCACGAGCAGGAAUCACCUCCGGCAGGACUUCCUCAACAUGUUAAAAUAGUAGAAGUUGGGCCAAGAGACGGCUUACAGAAUGAAAAGAAGUUUGUGCCUACAGAUGUAAAAAUUGAAUUCAUUGAUCGGCUUUCUGAUACAGGAUUACCUGCCAUAGAAGUUACCAGCUUUGUUUCUUCAAAAUGGGUUCCACAGAUGUCCGAUCAUACUGAAGUUAUGCAAAGUAUAAAGAAGCAUCCAGGAGUGUGCUACCCAGUUCUUACUCCAAACAUCAAAGGUUUUCAUUCUGCAAUUGCAGCAGGAGCUACUGAGGUGUCUGUGUUUGGAGCAGCAUCAGAAACAUUCAACAGAAUGAAUAUCAAUUGUUCAGUUGAGGAAAGCUUGGCAAGAUUUGAAGACAUUAUCAAAGCUGCUAGCAAUAUCAAAGUGCCAGUUCGGGGAUAUGUAUCAUGUGCAUUAGGCUGUCCAUAUGAAGGGAACAUUGCAACAUCUAAAGUAUCAGAGGUCUCCAAAAGAUUGUAUAGUAUGGGUUGUUAUGAAAUUUCAUUAGGCGACACAAUUGGAGUUGGAACUCCAGGAAGUAUGAGGAAGAUGCUGGAAUCCGUCAUAAAAGAAGUUCCUGUCAGUGCUCUGGCUGUUCACUGCCACGAUACAUAUGGGCAGGCAUUGGCCAACAUUCUUACGGCUAUACAGAUGGGAGUUAGUGUUGUAGACUGUGCAGUGGCUGGUUUAGGAGGAUGUCCCUAUGCCAAAGGUGCAACUGGGAAUGUUGCCACAGAAGAUGUGAUUUAUAUGCUGAAUGGACUAGGUAUUCAUACUGGAGUAAACCUUUCCAAAGUUAUGGAAGCGGGCCAUUUUAUCUGCUCUGCCUUGGAUAGGAAUACAAAUUCAAAGGUGGCACAAGCGUCAUUUCAGCAGUGAACUUUUUCGGUGUUUAAAUCUGUGAAUGUAUCCCUCAGUCCCUAGCACUUCUGCCACUUCUUCACCAUCAUCAGUCAUGAUCCUCUACCUGGGACUUGGAAACAUUGAUUGAGAUAUAGAAGAGGCUACUCAAUGCGACUCUAGCAGUGGUUGACAGAUACUUAUAUUAACCUGGUAAAAUGUUGUCCUUAGAAGUUGACAAAACACACAUUAUCGGCCACUAGAAUGGGUACUGUUCUGAACUGUGCUACAGUUCAAACCUUUGACUUUGGGAAAGAUCAUUAUUCAUACAGAAGACUGAAAAUAUAUAUAAAUAUAUAUAUUUUUUUUUUUUUUAAGAAAUGCUUGCUAUCAUUUCUGUCCCUAAAUAUCUGCAUGCGUUUACAUUUUUUUCCAGCAUAGCAGAAAAUGUAUUAUGUUCAAAAGAUAUAAAUUGUAGUAUAAUAGCUAUAUUUAUAAAACAUUAGUCACGCCUGAUCUUAUGAGGAAUUUGACCCAGUCAGGGAGUCCAGAUGGUUAGUUCACAUUAGGAGAUGUCACUCCUGUGUACCACUGUGUUGUUGACACUGUAGAAAAUGAUUCAUUUUGAAACCACACUUUAUGUGUGUCAUUACUUUUUUUUUUUACACCGGCACUUCUACCAUGCUUUUAUCUGUAAUGAUUGACUCUAUCUAGUCACUGUAGAAACAAAUUGAUGUUCAAGAGAUAUUUUCUUACCAUGAUGAUUCUAAGAAACAUACAGUGCUUUGGUUAUACAACCGGGGAUGUUUGCAACGCCUCUUAAACAUUCAAUCUUUUAUGGUACUAAAUGUAAAACUGUCAUCAUUCGCAAUACUGAUUUAAACAAUUAUUUUAUCACUUCCCUGCCAUAUAUCAUAAAAUGUGUCAACUGACUGAUCUCCAUACACCAUGGAUCCUCAACCUCUUUUACUUGUGAGCCACACAUAGAUGUAAAAAGUGUUGGUGAGCCACACAAGCAAAAAAAAAAAAUUCUUUUGGGAUGCCAAAUAAUGACUGUGGUUGGAUAUGUGGUUGCCCCAUGUGGACUGCUAGCCUGCAGGAGGCUCUGCUUGGAGUAAAAUGGUGUCUCUGUGCUUCCACAAUCUGUCUCUAAGUCAGCAAUUUAUAAAUUGGCACCUAUUUUGAGGCCACUGGGAGCAACAUCAAAGGGGGUGGUGAGCAGCAUGUUUCUCUGAUGCCACCAGUGGGGGAUUAUUGCCAUACACUUUCAGUAAAACUCUAUUUACAACAGUCAGUUUGGAAGUUCAACAACACUAGAUUACUUUUUGUACCUAGCUGCUGUGAGGGAAGGUGCUUUUGUGAAGCAUGUUUAUGUUCUGUACCACACUUAUUCUGCUUCUAAAAAUGCUCUUAAUGACCAAUUAUUUCUGUAAAUAGGAAUGUUCCAAAAUAUGGAAAAUUCAAAACACGCGCAGAACUUUAGUGCAGUUUUUCACAUCAAAACCUCCAGGGGCUGCCUCUUGGCCUUCAUUACUUUGUGUCCCUGUCAGCAAUUUUAAAUCUGAAUAAUUGCCCGGCUAAUGCUCAUUACUGAAGCCUCCUCUUUGCCUGAUGUUGUUUGGAAUAGCAACUAGUUGACCUUAUUUGCUAAAUUAUGUACAUGCCAUUGAAACAUUACGUUGAUAUUUGAAUUUUUUUAUUUUUUGAGGGAAAAAAAUGAUAUGGAAAUUUUCUGUCACAGUGUCACGGUAAUAAGCAAACUAUUGCCGUUAUUUUUUUAAUCAUUUUUGGAGUCUUGACCCAACAAAACAAUUUUUUCUAAUGUUUUGAAGGAGGUCACAGGGCAAUUGAAGCAAUGGCAAGUACUCUAAUUUACCACUAUAGAACUUGCUGACUUAAUUAACGAGGUGA